AACGAGGCGAAUUGACGUCAAUGACGGCUUGUGAUUGGUCCUAAACCCGUAUCCGGUGGGGCAGCGGUUCAAGGAUUUGGAAAAGUCGAAGGGAGAAAUUUGGUACGCUUGUGGAAAUAACAUCCAAAACCGAGUCAGUAACGAAGGGCUCGGUAAGAAUUCGCGGGUUCUUUUCAAAGGUCAGAGUUUGUUUACGAGGUCGUAGCGGAGCAGGAGCACAUCGUGAUGGCGUCGAGCAGUACGAGCAGUGAGGAGGAGAGGAGUCUGAGGGAGUGUGAGCUCUACGUGCAGAAACACAACAUCCAGCAGCUGCUGAAGGACUGCAUCGUCCAGCUGUGUACCUCCAGGCCUGACAGACCCAUGGCAUUCCUCAGAGAGUACUUUGAGAGGCUGGAGAAGGAGGAGGCCAAGCAGAUCCUAAACCAGCAGAAGGCCAGCAGCCGUUCUGACUCCAGGGAUGAGGAGGUGUCACCUCCCAUGAACCCCGUUGUCAAGGGUCGCCGGCGGAGAGGAGCCAUCAGCGCUGAGGUCUACACAGAGGAGGAUGCUGCAUCCUAUGUCAGAAAGGUCAUUCCUAAAGACUACAAAACAAUGGCUGCCCUGGCUAAAGCUAUCGAAAAGAAUGUGCUAUUCUCUCACUUGGAUGACAACGAGAGGAGUGACAUAUUUGAUGCCAUGUUUUCAGUUACCUACAUCGCUGGAGAGACUAUCAUUAUGCAAGGUGAUGAGGGGGAUAAUUUCUACGUCAUCGACCAAGGAGAGACGGAUGUGUAUGUCAACAAUGAGUGGGUGACCAAUAUUGGGGAGGGGGGCAGCUUCGGAGAGUUGGCCUUGAUCUACGGGACCCCCAGGGCUGCCACCGUCCGAGCCAAGACCAACGUCAAACUGUGGGGCAUCGACAGAGACAGCUACAGGAGGAUACUCAUGGGCAGCACUUUGAGGAAGAGGAAGAUGUACGAGGAGUUCCUCAGCAAAGUCUCCAUCUUAGAGUCUCUGGACAAAUGGGAGCGUCUGACGGUGGCUGACUCUCUGGAGCCGGUGCAGUUUGAUGAUGGACAGAAGAUUGUGGUGCAGGGAGAACCUGGCGACGAGUUCUUCAUCAUACUGGAGGGUUCUGCAGCUGUAUUGCAGCGUCGCUCUGAGAACGAGGAGUUUGUGGAAGUUGGGAGGUUACAACCGUCUGACUACUUUGGUGAGAUUGCCCUGCUGAUGAACCGUCCCCGUGCUGCCACUGUGGUCGCCCGCGGUCCUCUGAAGUGUGUGAAGCUGGACCGACCGCGGUUCGAGCGUGUCCUGGGACCCUGCUCGGACAUUCUCAAACGCAACAUCCAACAGUACAACAGCUUCGUGUCACUGUCUGUCUGAGGGGUUUCCCCACCCCCUGUACCCCCUAAUCCCCUUUGUAACCCCAGAACACCCCCUGUAUCCCCUAAUCCCCUUUGUAACCCCAGAACACCCCCUGUAACCCCAGAACACCCCCUGUAACCCCAGAACACACCCUGUACCCCCUAAUCCCCUUUGUAACCCCAGAACACCCCCUGUACCCCCUAAUCCCCUUUGUAACCCAGAACACCCCCUGUACCUCCUAAUCCCCUUUGUAACCCCAUAACAGUAGUACCCUUUAAUCCCCUUUGUAACCCCAUAACACACCCUGUACCCCCUAAUCCGCUUUGUUACCCCAUUACACAACCUGUACCCCCUAAUCCUCUUUGUUACCCCAUUACACCCCCUAUACCCCCUAAUCCCCUUUGUAACCCCAUUACACCCCCUGUACCCCCUAAUCCCCUUUGUAACCCCAGAACACCCCCUGUAACCCCAUAACACACCCUGUACCCCCUAAUCCCCUAUGUAACCCCAUUACACACCCACUCCCUGUACCCUCUAAUCCCCAAUGUAACUCCAUUACACACCCACUCCCUGUACCCUCUAAUCCCCGAUGUAACCCCAUAACACACCCUGUAACCCCAUAACACCCUGUACCCCCUAAUCCUCUUUGUAACCCCAUUACACCCCUUGUACCCCCUAAUCCCCUUUGUAACCCCAGAACACCCCCUGUAACCCCAUAACACACCCUGUACCCCCUAAUCCCCUAUGUAACCCCAUUACACACCCACUCCCUGUACCCUCUAAUCCCCGAUGUAACCCCAUAACGCAUCCCCUACCCCUGUACCCACCCCCUAAUCCCCAAUGUAACCCCAUAACGCUGCCUCUUUUAGAACCAGGGUCCACCAAUGCAAUUUUGCUUCAAUGUCACUUAAAAUUAUCUUCCAUUUGCUUUGAAUUUUUUUUUUUUUUUUACUCAUCUAAAUGUUAUGCUGCCCAUCACCUAGCUAUCGUAGUCACCUAUAGGAGCACAGUUAUGUUAGUUUUAAUGUACCAAAUUCAUAUGGUAUGCUUUCACUGCAUUCACUGAAUCUAGAAUUGUUUUCCUAUAGUUUAAACACGAGCAGUGAUUAGUAGGGGAUUGGCCGAGGUUAGGACAGGCCAAUGAUAAGAUGGGACAAUCAAACAUAACAUGGUGAAGUAAGCGUCCAUGCUGAAUAUUGUUCAGAUAUUUUUAACUAGAUCGGUUCCAAUAAAAAUGUGUCAAUGUUGACAUCCUUACAAAAUAAUUCAUAAAAUUUUACUUUUUAGAAUUACCAGAAUGCUGGGAACAUAAUGAUUGCAUCUAAUUACUUAUGUAGCUUUCAUGCAAUGAUAACCAAUGGUUAUCCUCCAUUGUUACUGUACAUUAAAUCGCAGACAUUUUUACAUUUUCUCAUAUUGUUUCCAUUGAUUGGUCCAUCAAUCCAACUCACUGUUAUUUUAUCUAGUUUGAGAGAGUUUGUACAACUUAAUGCAACCAGAAAGUUUUCUGUUGGACAGCUACCAAACUACAGCUAAAUGUUAGUCAUUGUUUUCACAACUCAGAACGCAUAAAAGAUUGUUAUUCUGACAGAAGCAGUGGAACUCAAAACAGGAAGUAUCCCCAUGUUAACACUCACCUCUGAUUUGUUGGUACAUUAUUGACUACAAUAGGGGGGGGAAAGAUGAUUAAAUGGUUUUCAGUAUUCAGCAUUUUUCAGUAUAUACCAAAUAACUUAAUCGCUAUGUUUUUAAACAGAAUUAUUAUUAUAGUUCUGACUAUUAAAGUUCUUUAUUGACUGAACAAACUAAUGUUAUGGCUAUGGUUUGGAGUGAUGGUAAAGUUAAGUACGUUUAAAUGUCUUUUUGUAAAUGCUUAUUUUUCCAUAAAUUCUAUUUUAGGUGUUCAGUGCCACAGCGUAAAUAAAUGCUUCUUCUGUUCAACCGACAAAACA